AUGGCUUUCUCGCCGGCAGCGAAGAAGCGCAAGGGCGACAACGCGGCCAGCGUCGUCGGCAGCCCCGGCGCAGCGUCCGCGCAGAGUGGCGCCCAAGCGCUGAGCCAGCGCGCCGCAGUCGGCAUGUCCCCGAAGGCGCCAGCGAAGAAGCCCAACAGCGCGCCGAUCGAGGUCUUCGUCUGGCUCUACACCAAGUGCGGGUCGGACGUGUUUCCCGGGUUCCCGCAGACGGAUCUCUUCGGCUUGCGUCUGCGGCGCGAGGCUUUCCCCGCGGUGGAUUCGGACAUCCUCGCUUCCUUCAAAAUGUUCCUGGGCGAAAAGAAUGCGGAGAACGACGAUUACCCGGCCGACCUGAAGGAGCUGAAGGACUACGAGCGCAUCAUCAUCUCCCUGACCCAGACGCCCAAGGACGUCGAGGGCCGCCGCGUCCAGACCAACAUGCCGCUCAAGGAGUGGAGCGUCAUGUUCUGGACCGACGAGCCCUUCCACUGCAUGCGUCUCAUCGCGGACUUCUCGUGGUGGAGGGCCCAGCACCGCCGCCCCGCGGACAAGAGCCCCUGGCCGGACCUGAGCACUCUCAAGAUGGUGGUGAACCCAUUCGUCAACGUGUCAAUGGACGGCUUCAACACGGACAACAUCACCAUGCCCAUGACGGUGAACGAACCGAGCACCACCUUGCAGUGCUCCAUAUUCGAGAGCUCCCCACCUGGUUCCUCUAAAAUGGUUGAGGUCCGUGUCCAGGUGAUCGACCAGAAGACCGUCUUCUUCGCUUGGGAGGGCCGCACCUUCCCCUACCGCGAGCGCUUCGACUUGAAGCGCAUUGGCCGGGAGGACAACGUUCGCAUAUUGCCCCAGGCCCGCACGGACGUGAGCAUUGCCGACAACGCAGCCUUCAUUCGCGACGUUUUCAAGCAGGGCGUUCUCCGCGAUCUGUUGGUGCACCUCGUGCUGGAGGAGAGCUCGGUUCCCGCCGACGGGCCCGUCAAGGAACUGCUGGACGAGUUUCGCGGAGCUGCUGCUGCAGAUUUCGAGGAGAGGAGCCUGAACAAGUGGGCGCGACAACAGGAACACCUCCUGCGCUCGCGCCGGCUGACUGAGGGGCGCGCGCAGGCGCUCCAGAGGUGGAUCCCGUGGGGCGCCGGUCAGAAGGACAGUGUUUGGAACCAGUCUUACGACAGCUUGCGUAACUGGCUCCGUGCGCACGCCAACCGGUACCCGACGAGAGCGAACAACGCUUCCAAGACAGAGAAGUCUCUGCGUACCUUCGCAGACAACUGCCGCCGUUUGUACAACCGAUCACCGGCCUCCGAUGCAGGCAUUGCCGUUCGUCGGUGCGAGCUCCUGCGCGCUCUGCCGGGAUGGGACACGUUCGCGGAGCAGACGUCUUGGGAUAGCAAUUACCAGAGACUUCAGGAGUGGCUGCGCACGCACUGCGGCGCAUUCCCGGACAGCAUGGGCACGUCCUCGACAUCGCCAGAAGAACUGCGCCUUGCUGGGUGGAUCCAGAGGCAGCGCGCUGCGUACCACUCUGUUCCGCGCCGCGCCGCUGGGCUUCACGACGAUCAACAAGCCGCAUGUGCACACGACCACGUGCGACGACGCUUCUCCUACAAGCGUCCACCCAUACCCAGAACCACGGUGGACCAUGGCCCGGCCGGCGGGGCCUCCUCCCCGGCGGCGCCCUCCAAGUGCGCCUGGGCCUCGGGGUGCGCUGCGCCUCCCGUUGCGAGCUUCGCGGGUCUUCGAUAUUGCUUGACCCAUGACCGCAUACUUCGUGCUGAACGCCCCGCGGUCGCAUCUAUUGCGGACUACAGGGACAGCUUCUUCGUCCCGCACCAGGGGAGCGCCCUCGCGAGCGUCUGUGACCAAUGCGGCUCCCACAACUUCGAGGAAGAGCGGGUGCAACGAGCAAACGCUCGGACAAGCAUGCUCGGGCACUUCAGCAUUUGCUGCCAGAACGGCAAGAUUACUCCUGCCCAGAUCCGGACGCUGCCAUGCCCCCCGCCAGAGCUACUCGACAUUCUGCGGGGCACUUCGCGAACGCACCAAGCAGCGCGAGCCGCCCUCAAGAUGUACAACCACGCUUUCGCCUUCGUGUCCUACGGGGCGUCUUGCUUUGCAGACCAGGCUCCAGGGCGCGGCCCACCUGUUGUGAUCUGCCACGGCACCGUAUACCACAACUCGGGCUACCUGUUCCCCCGGGACGGCGACGCCCCCACGUUUGCCCAGGUGUACCUGUACGACCACAACGAGGCCGUGAAGGCGCGCACGGACAACCCUUAUCAUUCCGGGAUCAACGCCGACAUCGUGGAGCACUUGCAGCGCAUGCUCGACCGGGUCAACCCGUACGUGCACCAGUUCCGACACAUGCGGGACAUCGUUCGCAACCACAACCCCACCAACGUGCAAUUGUGCAUUUCCCAGACGGAGGGCCAGGACAUGCGCCGCUACAACAAGCCCCAAACUUACGAGCCAGCCGUGGUGUUCCGCAGCUCCGACGGCGUGCUUCACGGCACCCGGGCGGCCGCUGUGGCCGCGGGCAGCGAGACCACCUUGACGGCGUGGUUCCGCUUGAACGCAGAGCCGCCCGACGGAUUUACGCCUCCGGCUCGCUCGCUGCAUUACGCCGAGGUGCCGCAGUUCUUCUCCUGGAACCGCAGCAGUUUCUCGGACCUCGCCACCGUCGUCCAUUCGGACGGCAAUCGCCAAACAUUCUACCAGCGGCGAUGGAACGACGACACCUCCACGUGGGAGAACUCGGACGUGCCAGAUUACCGGCGAGCAUGCGAGGAGCAAGGCUUUGCGAACUCCAGCGACGAGUACGCCCGCUGCAUGGAGGAGGCCGCUCGCCUACGGAGCGCCCCAGCGCUGCGCCGUCUCUUCGCCAUGUUGCUCCUCCAUUGCGAGCUCGCCUCCCCCGUGACCUUGUGGCAGCGAUUCGCGAAUGACCUCUGCGAGGACGUCCAGCGGCACCUCAGCGAGACCGACUCGGAGAACGCAGCGCUUCUGCACGUUCAAGAGGCACUCAGCCAGGCUGGGAAGACGCUGACGGACUUCGGAUUGCCAACGCCCACGUACCACGACGUCGCGGGCCUGCAGCCCCGAGAUGUUCGUAGGGAAACCGCCUACGACGCAGAAGAGGAAUGGACAUCUGCGCGGUCCCAUCGGUCUAUGAUGAACGACGCGCAAGCGAUCGUGUUUGACCAGGUCGCCGACGCCGUCAUCGGAGCCCGUCCGCUCGCCGUGUUCAUCGACGGCCCCGGCGGCACGGGCAAGACCUUUGUGUACAAGGUGCUCCCCGUCAUCCCACGGGUUGCCCGCGAAGACCUCGUUCAGCAUUCGCUGCUGAACCACCCUUUGUGGCGCGCGGGCGUUGUGGAGGUCCACGCCCUGACGGAGAACAUGCGGGCCAGGGGCGACGCCGAUUGGCAGCGUUUCCUCUUGGACAUCGGAGACGGCCGCGCACCGACCUUUCCGGACAUCCACCCCGAGGCCGUGCGCCUGCCCGACAACAUCGUCGCCCCCAGCCAUUGGGGGCCGGAGGACCUCGCGCGCGCCAUCUACGCCGACAUCGCUGCGUCAGCGGCGAGGUGCGUCGGGGGCGACGUGGCCGCCGAAGACUUGCAGUACUUCUGCGAUAGGGCGAUUCUCACUCCGAAGAACGCGACGGCCGACUCAGUGAACGUCGCUAUAUUGCGCGAAGCUUUCCCGGACACGACCGUCACGUACUACAGCGUGGACGACGUGGGCGCCGCGUCGCCGGCGGAGCGGGACGUCUGGCCGACGGACUUCUUGAACAGCCUCACGCCGUCUGGACUGCCGCCCCACGAGCUCGCGCUCGCGCCGGGGGCCCUGGUCAUGUUGCUCAGAAAUUUAGACGCCGACGCGGGCCUGGUCAACGAUACAGAGAUGCCGCUCGCGGGCGCCGCUUCCAGCAGUGACGACGCACCGGCGUUCCUGGACGAGGGCUCCGAGGCGCCGCCGAGCCCCGCUGCUCGGCCGCGACGCUUCGCGCGGGACCACGGGCCAGACGACGUCGAUGAGUUCGGGCCGGCGCCCCCAGACGAUGCUUCUGCUAACGUCGUCCUCGCACCGCUGCGCCAGCGCGGAGCAGUCGUGGACGCCCCAGCGCCUCCUGAGACGCUGUUCCAAACAUGCGCAGCCACAGAGAACGACAAUCCCAGUGCAGAUUCCGCCGGCCCCAUGCCCUCAACACAGCUACGAUGCGAGGCCGCCAGCUCAUCGAAGCAGAGGGAGCGAUUCACCGGAUUCUUCGAGCGGCAGCGCGGCGCCCAUUGCGGCAUGCACGCGCUCAACAACGCCCUGGGCUUCGCGCUGCUCGACGAGGGGACCAUGGAGGCAUCCGCCCAUGCAUUCAUCGAGCAUGCCGCUUUAGACGGCCUCCCACAGCGCCUGCGCGACCACAUGAGCCCCUCUGGAGAUUAUUCCGAGGCGGUGCUGGCGUUUGUGCUUCAACGAUGCGGAAACAGUUUCUCCUUGAACCUCAAUGCUCCCGUUCUACCACAGGACGCGAUGAACAUUUUUGCGCCUAACGUGGUCGGGGUCGUGGUAAACCAGAACAACGCACAUUGGAUUGCGGUGAAGGCUGUGUCCGGCCGAAUCUGGAAGUUGGACAGCGCACCAGGUGAUGGACGUAGUGUUGCGGAGCCUGUACUCUGUGAGCUUAGCGACUUCCAGAAGCUCCUGCGCAGACAUCCCACCGCGUACCCACUGCUCGACAUCCG